UCCGCAUCUGCGUAGCUCCGGUCUCCUCGGCACCUCAGGAGGCAGUGCUUUGGCUCGUGCGUGAAUUAUGUCAGGCUGCUGCUGCUGCUGCGAGUUUCGCGGAGUAGUCGCUCGGAGACUCGCGAGCCUCCAAGGCGGCAGCAGUACUUGCUCGGUCGUUCGUCCGAGAGCACGAGACGACGACAAUCGUUUGUAGCUAUAUAUCGGUCGUACAUAUACACGAGUAGAGCGCCGCGUCCAUAUGCAUUUCUCGGCCGCGGGACUGCACAUUUAUAAACAUUGCAAGACAGGGAAAAACAUUGGAUCGCCACGGGCUGCAGUGACGUGCCUUUCUCUCUUCGCGCGAGCCACUCGUGUGUGCAGCAGCUAAAUCUGCGUUGGCUGAUGCUUUUUUGUCGUUUUGUUGUUGUUGUAUUGCGCGACUUGGCGAGUGCGCCUCUGCUCUCCGUGCAGUAGCUGCAGUCAGCACACAGGUGCCCAUGCAGCAGCAGCAGUUGUCCUUGUUACAAAAUUCGCUGAUUUUCUUUGAGAGCUUGCUGUGCUGCCUACGCCUACAUACGACAACUGCAGCCGCCAGUAGACUCAUUUAUCAACGAGAGACACAGUGCAAUUAGCUUUAUACAGUGUGCGUGUAAACAUAUAAUCUCUCUUUCGUAUAAUAUUCGACAGUGGUUGGUGUGCUCGCGGUGACACACACACACACACAUUGCUCAAGUGCACGUACAUAUAGAUACAGCUGAUUCGUGAUAUUAUCGAUAUACAUUGUGCUGCUUUUUUUAUCAUCAACGUCUUGGGCUUUUUGUCGGAACUGUACAUUGACAAAACUACCAAGUAUGGCAAGGUACGACUGGUUGCCAAAAACAACUUGGAAAUAAUCGAGAGCUCAUCUCUUAUCAAUGAUUUGUUGGGGUAAUGAAAAAGAAAUAAUUUAACAAUCGAGAGCGACGAAGGGUAUGAGGCGUCGACGUAAUAAAUUCGGCUAAAGUGCCGAAUCAACGAGCGCGAGAGAGGAAGAGUAAAGACGAGCGAAUUUCAAUUCUCGUCUCGUCUCUCUUUAAGUGUGAGCGCGUGAAUGUGUUGUGCGUCUGGCCCGACGCGCACACACGUCGAGUGCCGCGUCCAAGUGCGACGACGACGAAAGAUAAAAAUUCAAAGCCAUCGAAAUGAUGACUGCAAUGGCUAGGCUGCCUUACAAACAGCAGCAGCAGCAGCAGCAACAGCAUCAGCAACAGACGUCACCGAUCAUGCAGCAGCAUCGUCAGCAUCAGCAGCAGCAGCAGCAACACUACCUGCAUCAACAGCAGCAGCAACGUUACGGAGGAUCGUUGCACAGACAGCAGCAACAGGCCUACAGCAACAAUCGAGCUUACUGGGAGAUGCAGGAGCAGCAGGCGGCCGUAGUCGCGCCGCCGCCAGCCUAUGCCGCCGCUACGCUGCGUAACACUCACAAUAAUCGCUCGAUGCACCAUGCCGUAGCUGCCGAUCACACGGGAAAGCGAAAGAGCGCCGUGGAGCUGCUGCAAGAGUCCAAGGCGUUCUACGUCAAGAGCGAGACGGUGCUGGACCGCAAGCAGGAGCUCAAGAACAGCGGCCACCUGCAGGUGUCGCAAGUCACGGCCGCGCCGGCCCCGCCGAGGCUGCUGCGCAAGUCCUGCCCCCUGAGUCCGCUCCAGCAGCAGCAUCAACAUCAACAACAGCAGCAGCAGUGCUGCUGGGCAACGACCUGCCUGCAGCAACACGACCAGCAACAGGCGUCCUGCGACAGACUGGAUGGCGGCGAUCCCAACGUGGCCGGGAUGCCGACGACGACGACGACGAGUCCGCAGCAGCAGUGCACGAGUCAAGCGCAACGGGUGCUGCCCCUGGCACCGGCUCUGCCGCCCAAGAGUCCCCGGCUGGUACCGACGGUCUACAACGGCAGUCUCCAACGACGCUCCCUCGGUCCCAUCAACUGUUCCGCCUCCAGCAACGUUGGUAGUAGCAGCGGCGCAACUGGCGGUCCCUGCUCGGAUCAGCUGCAGACGAAGCUGAGGCGGCUGCUCAACGGCGACAGCAAGGAGAACGUCUUCUUUCCGGAGAUGCAGCAGACCCCCACCCCGCCACCGCCGCCCGAGUACUCGGCGGGCAUGAUGACGAUGAUGAGUGGCAACGACAACGGCAACGUAGUAGCAGUGGAUGACUACCCCGAGGACGGCAGCAAGUUCCGCUACUCGCCGGGGGAGAGUCUGUCGCCGUCCCUCGGCGUCUCCUGCAGGGACGACGAGCGAGCGUGGGCAGCAGCGGGGGGCGAGGUGCGCUUCAAAUUCGGCCGAAGCAACUCGCACUCGUACGGCCGAACGUCGUCCAGUCGGAAUCGAGCCAACCGAAGCAGUCAGCAGUCCCAAGCCAGCCCCGGAGGUGGAGGAGGUGGCACUUGGGUCGGCCAGGAGCAAGGCUGCUACAGCGCCGGAGGCAGCAAUCACGACCUGGAGCUCGACGCAGGCUGCCACGAGCCGGUGGUCGUAUCGUCGUCCUCGUGCCACAAGUCCCUGCCCGAUCUGCACAACUCGAGCACGAGUCGCCGAAGGGCCUCUCUGUCGCCUCGAGCCUCGACGCGCAGCUCCUCGAGGAAGACGACCCACGCGGCCACCAGCAGCCACAGCAACAGCCACAACAACAGCCCCUGUCCCGACUGCGAGACCGGCUCCGACUACUCGGACGAUCGCAACAGCUUCAACAGGGGCUCGCUCUACUACCGGAGCGGCUCGAGCUCGCGCCACAACGCCCGACGCUCGGCCGGCGACGCCAGCAGCAUUUUGUCCUCGGGGGCGCGCACCCACAAGUCCUCGGGCUCGAGCAAGUUCAGCCACGGCGCGACGGCCACCAGAGACUCCGGGGGCUCGUCGGGCCACUGCACCCACCGCAGCGAGCCGCCCAGUCGCGACUGCUGGAGCAGCAGCCACGCGAGGAGGGACAGCGGAGCCUCGACCCAGCACUCGACCGAGCGCGACCGAUCCAGGAGGAGCCCCGCCAGCUACGGUACCGGAGGCAGUCCCUCGAUACAUCGCAAGCUCCAGCAGCAGCAGCAGCCACAGCCGCAGUCGUACACGCCCGAGAGCGACAGCGCCGGUAGCAUCAGUCAGGACGAGUACAGUCCCACGGGCAAUUCCAGAUUUUCCGAUGGAUGGAAAGAGGGACGCAACCGGCCGAUACUCCGCUCCAAGUCCGACAUCUCCGACAGGUACUGGCGACACGAUAGCCCUGGCGGUGGCGGCAAGGUACCCCAGCAGCAGCAGCAGCGCUCGCUCACGCAGCUCGAGUCGUUUUUCGAUCGGCUGGGCCUCGAGCCCGAGUCCUACAGGCGCAUGACCGAACCGUCGUCGCGCGGCAGCUCGCCCGUCUUCUUCGACAGCGUGAGCUCGGUCGACUCGGCGCUUGGCCCCUACUCGGCUUGGCCCUCGCAGGCCCAGUGGGCCAGUGGUGGCAACAAUUGUGCCGGCUCCAACGACGAUCCCGUGACGCUGCAGCAGCAGCAGCAGCGGAGCUCCGCCGAUCAGCCGAGCAUCGUUGAGAGGAACGCCCGGAUAAUCAAGUGGCUCUGCCAGUGCAGAAAGGUGCAGUAUGGUUACAGCUGAGCGCUGCGUCAUUCUACUGCCCUCGACUACGACCAAUAACGCUAGCCACUUGCUCUACCUCUUCUCUUCCGCUAUAAUUAAUACGUGUUGUAUUUUUCAUUGGGACAACCAAAAAGUAUCCAACAGCCUUAUAUAUACCCACUGUGUGUAGUGAUCGACGGCUAGCUUAGAUGAGGUAACAUUUUGACAAAGUAGUUGUACGGCUAGGCUUGUGAGGAUCAUCGAUCAAGUGCGAAUUUCUUCAUAUUGGAUGUUUACAAAGUCUACGCUGUUUAUUUUACGAAAUUUUACUUUGCGCAACCGAGAAUUCAGAGCCUCCCAAAUACCUUUAUAGUCCAUAUGAAAGUAGAUUGACGAUUAAACAUUUAUAAUAAAUCCCCCCAACCUUCCCUCUUCCCCCCAGAAUGCUGUGAAAAUCUGAGAGAAUAUUAUAUUAUAUUGGAGCGUUAUCGAUGCAAUUAGAAUUAUCAUGUGCUACGUGAACUUUCGUGGAAUCGUAUGUGAGAUUAGUGUCUUGAAAUUUUCGGCCUUUGUAGUUUCAUAAUUUAUUGAUUCAUACAUAAGUAGUAUUAAUGAAAAACACGAAUGCUGGUAAAAAAGUAUAUAAUUGCGCUCGCAAAUAAUGUCACGCGAAUAGUCAAAAAAAUAACUGUGUGCAACCUCUCGACUCGUUGUCGUCCCAGUGUAAAUCAUUGUAAAUCUCUAUGUAAUGAACUCGUGGUCUAUUCGCAAAAUAGUCGGUUCUUUGAAUGUUUUAACGAUAAAAAAAAUACACGUCUUUUUUCAUCCAGAAUUCCUGGCAAUAAACACGACGAUGCAUGCGAAAUUGAAUGCUAAUUUAUUUCUAAAACUUUGAUAAUAAUAGAAUAUUGGAUGCUUGGAAAAAGUUAUCGAGUGAGCUAUUGGAACUUGUUUAGUGCCAUUUAGAAAGUGUCAAGUGUAUAGAUUUAUUUUUAUCGUCAGAGUCACGUUAUUAUGAAUUACACCAAAAUACGGUCAUAAUCGUCAUUUUCGUAUUUUUACGAUAUGUAACUAUAGUUUGUACAUAAUUUUAUCUUAUUGAAUUGUUACGUUUUUUUAAAAAUUUUAGUCACCUGGUCACUAAUCAAUUAA